AUGUACAAGAAUCUGUCUCGCAUUGGCAUUUGUCGCUGUACCAAGAAUGCUAUCAUGAGUCUCAUGCCCGAUCUUGAUCCACCAAAACCACCCUCUGGGCUUGCCAAGGACGUCGGACAUGAAUACUUUCUCUUACAUGCCCGUGACCGUUACGAGGUUGCUCCUGUGGAUUCAGCACGAGUUGCGCUUAUAGCUUACAUGGGAUGGGAGCCUCACAAGAUUCGACAUUGGGCUCGACUCCAGCUUCCUGAUGGUACAGUAACACAAUGUGCCUGGCGCGAGAACAUUGCAUGCCAAGCUAAUGUUCGCAUUGCUUGUGACGUCAAGUAUGAAUCAGACGGCAUGACAUGCAUUGGCGAGGUGAUGUACUAUACACAAGUUUGCCUACCUUCCAAUCACCCAACCGCGCCUGAUGAAAUCAGGUCCAUUGCAAUCAUCUGGAGAUACUCAGAUCCCAAUCCCGAUCUGAUGAAAUUAUCUGAACGCGCAUGGUGGACGAGCAGACAUCUGGGAGAUGAAUCUGCCACUGUUAUUAGUGUCACCCAGAUCACGCAUCUUGUGGGCAUGGUGCCUCAUUUCCCUGUUAUUCCGAGCACAGGAUUUGAUGUAGCUACUUUUACACGCCAAGGAGAUGAGCUUGAGGCAGACAAAGAGGUGGUGGAAGAGUAA